UGCGAGAGAAGACGGAGCCCUAGACCACCGCUGCCGCUCGCGACGAGCCAACAUGGCCCAUCGUCGCUUGCUCUCCACCCGCAGCAAUAGUUCUUUGAUUAAGGAAAACAAAAGUUUCAAGCGCAAACUUGAAAAGAAGCAAAAGUUUUAUGCAAAAGUUAAAGAUGCUGCUGUGUCUUUGAGUGCGAAAAAAGCGAUCAGCAAGAAAAAGAGACUCAGAAGCCGACAAAAGAAGAUGAAGGUGUAUGAUUUAUCCGCCCUUUCUGAACUUCUUCCAGAUACGAAUACUACCGAGCAGUCUUCUAGCACAAACAACUUGAAGCUGAACUGCAAGACUAGGCAGAAGCUGGUGCAAAGGGAAGGUGCACAGUUGAGGCAAGUUUUGAACGAUCCUUCAUUCCAACUUGAUCCACUGGCCGCCAUUCAUCAACACCUACAGAGAACGCAGCCUCCAGCUUGUGACAAAGAAAUAAUUUCUGGGAAAGCCAAAAGGAACAAGAAAAGAAUGAAAAAGCCAUCAUCAAGCUCUCAAUCGAUGGAUAUAUGAUGCCCACAGAUUUUGGUCCUUGUUAGUGACUUUUAAGUGGUGCUCAAUCGAUACAAUCCCAUGCUGAGGAUUUCUAUCCAUUAUCUUGCUUUAUUUUUCUUGCGGAAUCUGUAAAUAACAGAAGAUUAGCCAUUUUAAAUGGAGUUGGAGGAGUUGGAUGAUCUAAAAAUACAUCCGGAACAAUUGAAAUGAAUUUGAAGUGAUUUUGAUGA